UUGCUUCGGUGUAGCGGGACUUCCAAACAAACCUUAUCUAAAAUACAGAGCGGUAGCUGGCAGCUUGCAAAAUCGCGAAAAUAAAGCAAACAACGGUAUUCUCAGUUUAUAUUUUCAUAUAAAUUAGCACGUCAGUGAUGGCGAACAACGAUUUAGGGGUCGUUGUUGAUGGAACUCAAGUUUCUUACAUUGGUCAAGACUGUGAAAGUAUUCCUGAACUACUUGGCAAGAACUAUGGACUUUUCACAAAGCGUUUAGAUCUUAGUUUCAAUCUACUAAGGUCACUAGAAGGGCUAGAAGAAUUUGUCUGCCUGGAAGAACUAAUCCUGGACAACAAUCUUCUCAGAAGUGACCUACAGUUGCCUAGGUUACCACACCUUCAUACUCUGAUGAUCAACAAGAACCAAAUCAGUGAAUUAGACAGUCUUUUGGAUCAUUUAGCUGAAGUGGUCCCUUUACUUAAGUACCUCAGCCUCCUAGGGAAUGAAGCCUGUCCUAAUGAACUUGUUAGCUUGGACAAUGAUGAAAAUGACUAUCAAAGAUACAGGUACUUUGUUCUUCAUAAGUUACCAAAUCUAAAGUUCCUGGAUACCAGAAGGGUUACGAGAAAAGAACAGCAAGAGGCAAGCACUCGUGGUGCCUUCAUGAAAGUGGUGAAACCCAAAGAUCUGGCCACUUGUGAAGGUGAUGGGAACAUGCUGGGUUUUCACCAAUAUACCCCACUGCCUCAAGGGACUCGUGAUGGCAGUAACCACAAAGAAGUUCACCAGCAGUCGUCCUGUCUGAGAUUUCUAUUCUUCCUCUCAGACUCUUUGGGAUCUCUAGCUUCUCUCCCGGUGCUUCUGCUAUUAACAAAAUGUAUUUUUGCAAAAUGUCAGUACUUCUAUCGUGGAAGACAUUCAGAGGGGAAUAGGUUCAUCCGUGACGACCAACUUUGAGAUUGCUUAUGUUAACCUUCCUGCCUGUGCCGUGUAUUUUGGUAAAAAGAUAACUUCUUUUCAAAAUAAAGGGAAAGCAAAAAAGCACAGAGAAUACAACUUCAGCCUGCUAGUGUCUUCUGCUGACUUUGCCAUGCCUGUCAAGAUCAACAGUUCAGUCUGGUCUGAGCAGACACAUAGAAAUUGACAUGAUUGCCUUUAAGCAGGUCCCUUGUAACGCCAUGACAGACAGCUGCAUGCCUGACAGGAUGAGCUUCAGUGAUGGAUUGCUUGGUAGAACUGGGAGGUCAGAGGCCACAGCUGAUGUCGAACUGAGCAUGCUCAUUACAUCACCACAAGUUCUAAGAAGUCACAUUAAGCCCUUACACCACUCAUUAAGAAUGACUUGUUGUUGAGUAAUGGGGAAAUUCUGUUGCAUUUUAUAGAUGACCACGAACAAGAAGAAAUGAGCAGUCGCACUAAACUGUAAUUCCCUCUGAGUGACCAACAUUAUUUCGGGGAUUUUAUUCUGAUUUAUGUUUUGCUUUUGGGUCUUAUUUUGAUAUUGGAAAGAUUAAAUAUCAGCCCCAUUAGAUGAGCUCUUUUUAACUUAGAUCAGUGAUAACUUAGAAGACUCACAAACAAAAUUGACAAUUCUGGCAGGCUGGAGAGAUUAUACUUGUACCUCUGUGUGGUUUUGACUUCUGAUGCAAUGAAUGAAUAUCCAGUCUACCUUUACCACAGUUUAUUAUUCUCUUAAGCUGCAGACCAUUCCUAAACCAUGUUGAAACACAUUUUCAACACCAUAUUUGGUGUGCAUGAGAUAUUUAACAGAAUUUACAAUUUAUCCUCACUCUGAAAGGUGAAAAAAAUAUUUGAGGACUUUUCAUUUUCUGUAUUCAAUGUUAUUAAGUUGGGGGGUCUCAUAUAUUUUGAUAAGAGGAAUUUUCAGGCAAACAAGAUAAUCCACAGGAUUAAUUUGGUAUCUAUCACAGUAGUUAUCUAUUUAGCACAGUGCUGCUUUGGAUACAUUUCAGGAAUGGGCACAUUACUAUUUUAUUUUUAAUGGUGACUAAACCCUUCAAUCUGUAUACUUUUCCGCACAGCACACCAUUGUGGUUUGUUUAAUUUAAUGCAGGAACUAAAUAUUUGCUUGCAUGUUUUCCCUAAAUAGUUUUCCUGUUCUCUUGUAUUUGGUACUGAAGAUUUUCCAAAUACCAUGUUUACAACUUAUGGUAGAUUCGUUGAGCACUGAUGAUCAAAAUUUACUGUAAAGCAGAUAACAUGUCCAAACAAUAUGAAAUUAUUGCAAGUAUAUUUACAUGUGCUAAGAAUAUUAUGUUACAUUGUUUUGAUUUAAAAACUAACAAAGCAGAAUUUAUAGCUUAAUUAAUCUCUUUCUGACAAUCCACUGCAAUAAUUUAUGUUCCAGCUUUUUGCCAAAAUUACACACAUCAGUUUGUUACUGAGUUCAAAUCGUCGUUUCAUUGCACCAAAUAAAAGCAUUCA